UUGAACCCUUCCCCUCUUCACCGCCGUUGAAACUCCCCCGUUCACCACCAAAAUCAAAGCUUUUGCUGCGGUUUCCAAACUUAAGGUUUGUCGGAUUCCCAAUUGUGGGAAUCUCGUUUUCUAUUGUUCUAAUGGCUGUAUGGCGUAUCAUCAAUCGUUCGUUUCUCAAAUACGCAUCAAACCAAUUAACAAGGAGGAGCUACACUCAAGUUUGUCUUGCUUCUAACACCUCGCUUACUCAUGCUGUGAAACAGACAACAAAGUUGUCUUUUUUUGACAUCCCAAAUUCAGAUAUCUGUACAAGACCUUCUAAUAUCUUCCAAAAUCUCAGAUUCCUUGCUACUUCAGCUCAGUCACGGAAGAAGGAAGAGGAAGCUGACUCCGAUGGUCCACGUCUCAAUGAGAAGAUUACUGGCGAGUUUGUUAGAUUGGUUUCCGAGGAAGGACACUCUGUUGUGUCUCUGAGAGAAGCUCUCAGACGGGCGAAGGAGCUCGAGUGUGACUUAGUUGAGGUCCAAAGAGAUGCUAAGCCACCUGUGUGUAAAAUUGUAAAAUACACACUGGAGAAGUACAAAAAAGCUAAAGAAGGAAAAGAACGUGCUAAGGCCAAGCGGGCUGAAGCUAUUAGACCUGAAGUCAAGGAAAUUCGAUUUACUCCAAAAAUUGACGCGAAGGACCUAAAGUUUAAAUCUGAUCAAGCAUUGAAGCUGAUGGAAAGUGGAUAUCGUGUCAAGUGCAAUGCAGUGCCUGACAAGGACAAGCAUAAGGAGCUUGAACCAGAAAAACUGCUUGAGUUACUAUUUCGCUUUACUUGUUAUAUUGGGGAUGCACUUGUGGAAUUUGGACCAGAGGCGGAUAGAAAAAGCGCAGUGGUGAUAGUUAGACACGCCAAGUUUGGCCCACCCAAGAAAGGAGGGGUGAAAAAGAUGAAGGAUUUGGACAUGAAAUCUGCAAGAGUGAAAGAGUCACCAAAGACUGAUAGCCCGGAGGUCGGAGAGUCCAGUGUUGAUGAUCAGGGAGAUAUAGAGAAUUCUGAACCUAGGAUCAGUGUUGAGAAGCCCCAACCUUUUCAUGUCCAGAAGACGUACGCAAAAAGAGAACCAUGUAGUGAGUUUUCAGGAGAUGGAGAUACAAGCCGGUUUGAACCUCGUUCUCCAAACCAGCAUGUAAACCCACAACGUCCUCGGUUCCCAAACCAACAACCUACCGGGCGAUUUAGUCCUCAGUCUCCAAAUGCACCAAGGCCUCAAUUCCCAAACCAAGCUCCAAACCAACAACGUACAGGGCGGUUUGAUCCUCAGUUUCAAAACCAGCCUCCAAGUCCUCAACGGCCUCGGCAUCAAUUCCCAAACCAGGCUCCAAACCAACAACCUACAGGGCGGUUUGAUCCUCAGUUUCAAAACCAGCCUCCAAGUCCUCAACGGCCUCGGUUCCCAGACCAAGCUCCAAAUCAGCAACCCUCUGGGCCAUCUCCAAACCGCCACCCAGACCGGCAAGGUCCUCCACCACGAAUUCAAAACCAAGCUCCAAAUCAACAACCUGCCGGCCGGUUUGAACCUCAGCCACCAAACCCGCCCCGAGCUCCACCACGCCCACAAACCCGGUUGCCAAAUGAAACUCCAAACCAACAACAUACGGACCCUGGAAGAUCUAAUGGGCAGACUUCAGGUUAUGGGAUUUUCAGCACCCCAAAAACGAAGUAGAACAACAUGCUAUACACAUUGAACCCGUAGAGUUGCAAUAUUUUUGAUAUUUUUCUUGGGAGAUUUGCUGAUGGCUCAUUAUUUUUACGUGUAACUAAGAAUAGUCCAUGCAUACACGUACACUUGUAACCCUCAUCAAAAUUUUUUCUGGUCACUACCACUCAAUAAUCCAUGAACGAAAAUAUUA